AAUGGGUACUUGUUAGUUAAAAAAUUGCAGAUGCGUGUGUUAAUAAAAUAGAUUAGCAUGUCAAUGUGGAAGUUAAAAUACUAUUUUACUAGAAGAAUAAGCAAGAGAGAUUCGUAGAAGAAUAAGUUAAGAUUAGAUGGUAAAACAGUUUAAACUAUAUAGAAAAGAUCAAAUAGAUUUUCUAAUAAUAAAAGUAAAACUGGAUCUCCUGCUCAAUCUAAUUCAAGUGAUUCAUAAAAUAAAACUAAAUUUUCAACUAAUCUAAAAGCAUCAAAUAGAUCUCCUAAUUCAACUGAAAGGUAUUUGAUGUCUGAUUAAUGCAAUAUUCCUACAGAAAGUAGUCAAUAAAAGAAAAUAAGAAAACCUAAAAUUAGAAAUUUAAAAUUUAAUCGAAGCUUAACCUACUUUAGUUAAGAAGUCCUUGUAUUCAACUUUUAAGAAGUUAUUGAUUAAACAUAAAGUUAAAAAGAAAUUAAAAUAGAUUCUCCUCAAUUUUAAACUCUUAAGAAUACUUUAGAAAAUAAAUAAACUUUAGAUUAAAUUUAAUCCUUUAAAGAUCCAACAAUAACUAUGAAAACACCAACAACUACUGGAGCAGAAUUAUCUAAUAUUGCAACAUAAUCUGCUCCAUUUUUCAUUCAAUAACCAUCCAUUUCUAGAGAAAGUUCUCCAUCUAAAUAAUCACAUCCAAUCACUUAAGUAAGUAUGGAACCUCAUCUGAACAAAUAAUCAUUAUCUGUAAUAACAGAUUAACAGUAAUUAAAAAAUAGAUCACAUACAGCUGAUUUGUCAGAUGAUCAAAAGAGUGUCACUCCAAGAAGUGUAUUAAAAUAAUAACAAAAAAACAAUGAUUCAUUUCGAACCUAAUAAUAAGAAAAACGUAAAGUUAGAUUUGAUCUACCUAAUUCACAUUAUAUCAAGGAAAGAAUAAAAUAAUAACAGAGAUUCUUCAAUUGA